AUGACAGCUUACUUCGGAAUAUUUAAAGAGCCUCGUGGCCUUAUUCGGCUGCUUCAAUUUAUUUUUGCUAUAUUUGCUUUUGCUACGGCAUGCAAUGGUAGUUCUUCAUUAUAUAUUAAUAAUACUAGUGGCCAACAAUUAGCAACAGCUGAUUGGUCUUAUCCUUAUAAUUUAAAAAAUACCCCAAUCUCAUAUGCAAAUAAUACCGAUUCUGGACAAAGUUUAUCAAGUUCAAAUGAUAUUAAAUCAUCAGCAGAAUUUUUUGUUUUUACUGGUGUUACAUCAAUGUUAUUAUCUUUUGCAUUCGCAAUACUUUAUGUUAUUAUGGAUCGUCAAUAUCGUAAUGAUGAACGUUUUCCUAUAGUUGAUUUAUUUAUCACUGUAAUCUGGACAAUUUUUUGGAUUGCUGGUAGUUCAGCAUGGGCACAAGGUGUAUCAAAUAUUCGUUCACAAACUUCAUGGAGCAAUGCAGCCAAACUUUUACCAGAUUGUUCUCCUAAUAAUGCAAAUUGUCCAAGUGGUUCAUCUGGUACUUAUGCCAAUGUAAUUGUAUCAGUUAUAUUUGGCUUUUUAAAUUUUUUUCUUUGGGCUAGUUGUAUUUGGUUUGUUUAUAAAGAAACAAAAUUCUUUAAAAGUCGUACAGCUCAACAACAACCACAACAAAAUAAUUUCUCAAAUAUUGGUCCGUCAGGCAUGCAUCAACCAUCUAAUACACAAAUGCCCGGCAGUAUGGGAUAA